UGGAGUGCUGCGUCACGUGGGGAGAGACCGCGGAAGCACAGCACUCCGCAGCAGAGAAGAAGGGACCGAUUGCAGCCGCCACGAUGCAGAGCACCACCAACUACCUGUGGCUGAUCUCAGACCUGCUGGGUCAGGGAGCCACGGCCAACGUGUACCGCGGCCGCCACAAGAAAACCGGAGACCUCUACGCCGUGAAGGUCUUCAACAACCUGAGCUUCUUGAGGCCGCUGGACGUCCAGAUGAGAGAGUUCGAGGUCCUGAAGAAGCUCAACCACAAGAACAUCGUCAAGCUCUUCGCCGUGGAGGAGGAGUCCAACACCCGUCACAAGGUGCUGGUGAUGGAGUACUGCCCCUGCGGGAGCCUCUACACCGUCCUGGAGGAGUCCUCCAAUGCCUACGGGCUCCCCGAGGACGAGUUCCUCCUGGUGCUGCACGACGUGGUGGCGGGCAUGAACCACCUGAGGGAGUACGGCAUCGUCCACCGGGACAUCAAACCGGGGAACAUCAUGCGCGUGAUCGGGGAGGACGGACGCUCCGUCUACAAGCUCACCGACUUCGGAGCCGCCAGAGAGCUGGAGGACGACGAGCAGUUUGUGUCCCUGUACGGCACCGAGGAGUACCUGCACCCCGACAUGUACGAGCGCGCCGUGCUGAGGAAGGACCACCAGAAGAAGUACGGGGCCACGGUGGACCUGUGGAGCAUCGGCGUCACCUUCUACCACGCCGCCACCGGCAGCCUGCCCUUCCGACCCUUCGAGGGGCCGCGCAGGAACAAGGAAGUGAUGUACAAAAUCAUCACGGAGAAACCGUCCGGGACGAUCUCAGGACACCAGAAGUGUGAGAACGGGAAGAUCGAGUGGAGCACCGAGAUGCCGGUGUCCUGCAGUCUGUCCAAGGGUCUCCAGAGCCUCCUCACUCCGGUCCUGGCCAACAUCCUGGAGGCGGACCAGGAGAAGUGUUGGGGCUUCGACCAGUUCUUCGCCGAGACCAACGACAUCCUCCACCGGACGGUGGUCUACGUGUUCAGCCUGCAGCAGGCGACGCUGCACCACGUCUACAUCCACGAGUACAACACGGCGGCGCUGUUCCAGGAGCUGCUGUCCCGCCGGACCAGCAUCCCGCUGCACAACCAGGAGCUCCUGUACGAGGGCCGCCGCCUGGUCCUGGACCCGAACCGCCAGGCCAAGAUGUUCCCCAAGUCCUCCAGGGAUAAUCCCAUCAUGCUCGUCAGCCGCGAGUCCGUCGCCACCGUGGGACUCAUCUUCGAAGACCCGAGUCCUCCUAAAGUGCAGCCGCGCUACGACCUGGACCUGGACGCCAGCUACGCAAAGACGUUCGCGGGGGACGUCGGACACUUGUGGAAAACCUCAGAGUCUCUGCUGGUGUAUCAGGAGCUGGUCCGCAAAGGGGUUCGGGGUUUAAUAGAGCUGAUGAAGGAGGACUACAGCGAGAUUCUACACAAGAAAUCAGAAGUUUUCCACCUGUGUAACUUCUGCACUCAGAUCCUUGAGAAGACGGAGCAGAUGUUCGGGGCGCUGAUGCAGGCCAACAUGAUGUCAUCAGAGUAUGACGAGAUCUCCGACAUGCACAAGAAGGUCCUGAGGAUCUCUGGAUCUCUGGAGCCAAUCGAACGGACAACAACAGACAUCAAGAGUAAAUUCAUCUCAGGGGGGCUGCUGACCGACAGCUGGACUCAACAAGUGGGAACGCACCCCGAGGACAGGAACGUGGAGAAGAUCAAAGUGCUGCUGGACGCCAUCACGGCCAUCUACCAACAGUUCAAGAAGGACAAAGCUGAGAGACGGCUGCCGUACAACGAAGAGCAGAUCCAUAAGUUUGAUAAGCAGAAGUUGGUGCUCCAUGCCAGUAAAGCCAGGUCCUUGUUCACAGAGGAGUGCGCCAUGAAAUAUCGCCUCUUCAUCUCAAAGAGUGAAGAGUGGUUGAGGAAGGUUCAUCAUGUGAAGAAGCAGCUGCUCGGCCUGUCAGGUCAGCUGAUCAGCAUCGAGAAGGAGGUGACCAUGCUGAUGGAGAGAGCCAUCAAGCUGCAGGAACAUCUGCCUCAGAAGGUUCUUCCUCUGGUGUCCGGUGGCAUGAAGCCUCAGGCGUACCUGAGUCAGAACACACUGGUGGAGAUGACUCUAGGGAUGAAGAAGCUGAAGGAGGAGAUGGACGAAGUCGGCAAGGAGCUUGCAGAGAACAAUGAUUUCCUCGAGAGGUUCGGGUCACUGACGCUGGACGGAGGACUGAGGGGUUAAAGGUCCGAGACUCUUCCCCCUGCUUUUGUACAUAUCGGGACCCAUCUGGUGUAAAUAGUUUGAAGCUGUGAGUCUCCUGAUGAACCUUGUUGCGUUGGGAUGUUCUAACCUGAAGAUCAGUGAAGAAACCCCUUAAAACCAACAAUUGAUCACUGAGGAACCCUGAGAGCAGUGAGCCAGCUUUAACGUGUCCUGAGGAAAGAAGAAAUCCCUCAAAUUGAACAAUUCUGAUCAGUUUAAAGUAUCUACUGAUUCAAUAUAAUUAUUAGUCAUUUCUUAAGAGGCUUUCUCUUUGGAUUUAAGGGAAUCUUAAGUGAUUAACAUUAUUAUAUAUUACUGUCCAUAUAUCAGUUUGUCAUAAUUUUGGAAAAGUUUGGUUAAACGGUUGAGUAUCUAAAUACUCUUAAAGAAUCCCUGAAAACAUCCUUUAGUCUUAAAACCAGGUUGAAGUCAUCAUCAAUUCAUAAAACAUUUAGUUAAUGAUGGUGUUUUUCAGGAAUUUUAUUUUUCAAAGUAAGGAAAUAUUAAAGGGGUUUGUCCUUUUUAAUGAGUCAUUUCAAGAUUAAUUAAUUGUAUUUUAAGGGUUUUUCUGCAUUGUUUCUAAAGCAAAGGAACAAAAGGGAACCAAGUGCAGCUAUAGGAACCAUAAGUUGAUCAAUAACAACACAUUUAUGUUCACCUGAAUUUAAAUAUUUCAAAUUGAGAGAUAACUUAACUCAUUUAAAAGUAUCCACUUUGUGGGUUUAAAUCCCUUCAAAAGCAAAUAAAACCCCUUAGUAAUCCCUUAUCAUACCAGCCGUUAAUUGUCCCUUAAUUACUCUAUUCUUUGGAUAAACUGGUGGCAUUUUGAAGUUAGAAUAAUAAGGGAUGGAGUUAAAGAAUGCUCUUUACAUUAUUAUUUAUUGUUCUUGAGGCAGAUCACUAAUCAUUGAGUGCCAUCAAAAAGAAAACUCUUCUCCACCUUUGUCAGCUCAUCCUUAUUUUUACUCACAAACAUGUUCAAAUUUGGAUUUGUCAGUUUGCAUUAAAAAUGCUCAAACAGUGUUUAAACGUGUAAAUAAAUGAAUAUCUUCAAGUC